AUGCAGCUUGUUCCGAAGGAGCUGGAUAAGCUCACCAUCGCGAACCUUGGGUUUUUAGCACAAAGGCGCCUGGCUCGGGGUGUCGUUCUCAAUCAUGCAGAGGCAGUGGCCUUGAUCUCAUCCGUCCUGCACGAGCUCAUUCGUGAUGGCCACUACUCCGUUGCGGAUCUGAUGUCUAUUGGAAAGACUUUGCUCGGUCGCCGACAUGUCAUGCCUUCUGUCAUCGCCACUCUUGUCGAGCUUCAGGUUGAAGGAACUUUCCGUUCAGGUACCUAUUUGGUUACUGUGCACCAUCCCAUCAGUAGCGACGAAGGAGACCUCGAACGUGCCUUGUAUGGCAGCUUCCUGCCUGUUCCCUCACCAAAAGCCUUCCCGGAUCCUCAUCCCGAAGAUUACCUGCCAGAGAAAAUGCCGGGCGCGAUUAUUCCGGUAAAGGAUGCACGAGUGUUCAUGAAUGAUGGGCGAAAGCGCAUUAAGUUGAAGGUUAUGAGUAAAGGAGACCGACCUAUCCAGGUCGGAUCGCACUACCAUUUUAUCGAAACAAAUCCUCAAUUGCAUUUUGAUCGCGUUCGAGCGUAUGGAUAUAGAUUGGACAUUGCGGCUGGUACCUCGAUUCGAUUCGAGCCCGGUGACACCAAGACCGUGACUUUGGUUGAAAUCGCCGGCCACAAGGUCAUUCGAGGAGGAAAUUGGCUGGCUAAUGGGCCUGUGGACAUGAACCGUGCAGAUGAGAUCCUAUCAAAGCUUCAAGUGGCUGGAUUUGCGCAUAUACCCGAGCCAACAGCAGAAACUACCUUGAUUACUGGAUUCUCGAUGGAACGAGAUGCAUACGCUCGCAUGUUUGGACCGACAACAGGUGACUUGGUGCGUCUUGGCUUGACCGAUCUAUGGGUACAAGUUGAGAACGAUAUGACAAGCCAUGGAGACGAGUGUGCGUUUGGCGGUGGUAAAACAAUUCGUGAUGGAAUGGGACAAGCGUCAGGGCGAUCUUCUGCAGAGUGUGUUGAUACGGUUAUAACAAAUGCGCUGAUCAUCGACUAUACUGGUAUCUACAAGGCUGAUAUUGGUAUAAAGGAUGGUCUGAUUGCUGGAAUUGGAAAGGCUGGUAACCCGGAUAUCAUGGACGGUGUACACCCCGAUUUGGUUGUGGGUGCUUCAACUGACGUGAUUGCUGGCGAGGGCAAGAUUAUCACGGCUGGUGGAUUCGAUACACAUAUUCAUUUGAUUUGUCCGCAACAAGUGGACGAGGCUCUGGCUUCGGGUAUUACUACAUUCUUGGGUGGUGGUACAGGCCCUAGUACCGGGUCCAAUGCUACUACUUGUUCGCCGGGACCGAACCAUCUCCGUCUGAUGAUGCAGGCAUGCGAUAGCUUGCCCAUCAACAUUGGUAUUACAGGAAAGGGUAAUGAUUGCGGCCGCAUUAGCAUCGAAGAACAGAUCAAGGCAGGUGCAGCUGGUCUCAAGCUGCAUGAGGAUUGGGGUUCUACCCCCGCCGCGAUUGACAACUGCCUAGAAGUCUGCGACGACUAUGAUGUGCAGUGUAUGAUUCACACCGACACAUUAAACGAGUCCGGGUUUGUAGAGCAGACCAUCGAAGCCUUCAAGGGCCGUACAAUCCACACAUACCACACCGAGGGUGCUGGUGGUGGCCACGCCCCGGACAUCAUUUCCGUCGUUGAGCACCCCAACGUCCUACCAAGUAGCACCAACCCAACUCGCCCAUUCACCCUCAACACACUGGACGAGCAUCUCGACAUGCUAAUGGUCUGCCACCACUUAUCAAAGAAUAUUCCCGAAGACGUCGCCUUCGCCGAGAGCCGUAUCCGCGCCGAGACCAUCGCAGCCGAAGACGUUCUCCACGAUUUAGGCGCAAUCAGCAUGAUGUCCUCCGAUUCACAAGCCAUGGGCCGCUGCGGUGAAGUGAUCCUCCGCACCUGGCACACUGCACACAAGAACAAGACUCAGCGUGGGCCUUUACCCCAAGACGAAGGCACAAACAACGAUAAUUUCCGCGUUAAGCGCUACAUUAGCAAAUACACCAUCAACCCUGCUUUGGCACAGGGUAUGGCCCAUUUAAUCGGUAGUGUGGAGGUGGGGAAGAUCGCGGAUCUUGUUCUCUGGAACCCAAGCACAUUCGGUACAAAGCCAGUUCAAGUUCUAAAGAGCGGUAUGAUCACCGUUGCUGAGAUGGGUGAUCCCAACGCCUCAAUCCCAACCAUCGAGCCUAUGAUUGUACGCCCAAUGUUCGGUGCUCGUGUGCCUAGCAGAUCUAUUAUGUUCGUUUCCCAGGCUUCUAUCGAUGAAGGAAUUGUUCAAACAUACGGUCUGAAGAAACGUAUUGAAGCGGUUAAAAAUUGUCGAAAUGUGGGGAAGAAGGAUAUGAAGUUUAAUGAUGCGAUGCCGAAGAUGAAGGUCGAUCCUGAGAGUUAUACUGUUGAAGCAGAUAAUAUGCUUUGCGACGCUGAGCCCUCAACCGAGUUACCCUUGACACAGGCAUACUACAUCUUCUAG